AUGGGGCAGUUAGCAGUAAAUCAAAAUACUAGACCUGCUGGAGCUCUCCCGAGUGAUACUGAGCCUAAUCCUAAGGCUCAAGUCAAUGCGGUUACCUUGAGAAAUGGAAGAGAAUUAGAAGAAGUUCCAGAGAAAAAGAAGUAUACAGCUAGACCUGAAGGAGAAUUAGUUCCUAAACCCGUUGAGGAGAAUAAGAAAGAAAAGCCGAAAAUUGUGACAAGGCCACCACCUCCGUUUUCACAAAGACUUCAAAAGCAAAAAGAUGAUGCUAUGUACAAUAAAUUCUUAGAUAUUUUAAGCCAAGUGCGUGUGAAUUUGCCGUUGGUGGAAAUUUUGCAGGAAGCGCCUAAGUAUGCAAGGUAUCUUAGGGAUAUUGUGGCAAACAAGCAAAGACAUACAGAGUUUAAAACAAGUGCACUUACUGAAGAGUGCAGUGCUAGAGUUCAGAGUAAACUUCCUCCUAAGUUGAAGGAUCCUGGGUGUUUCACAAUUCAUCUGUCUCUCGGAAAACAAGAUGUUGGUAGAGCCCUGUGUGAUUUAGGGGCUAGUAUAAAUUUGAUGUCAUCCUCUUUGUUCAAGCAACUUGGAUUGGGGGUGCUUAAACCUACUACAAUCACUUUGCAGUUGGUUGAUAGAUCACUAGUUAUGCUAGAAGGAAUUAUUGAGGAUGUGUUAGUUCGAGUGGGAAAGUUUAUUUUUCCUGUUGAUUUUAUUGUUCUUGAUUACGAGGCAGAUGAGGAAGUACCUAUUAUUAUGGGGCGACCAUUCUUAGCUACUGGAGAGCACUUAUUGAUAACUGAAGGGGAUAAAACAAAGUCCUUAUGCGAAUUGUGCAUGAUUACUAUGGUAGAACUGAAGGGGAUAAAACAAAGUCCUUAUGCGAAUUGUAGUGAUUCGGAUGGGACAAUUGAAUUGGAGGAGGUGGUGUUGCAAGCUGAGUGUGUAAGGAUGAUUGAGAAAAGAGCCAGAGAUGAAAGAGGAGACCUUCUGAGAGUGUGUAAAAAGGCUAGGCUUAAUGGGAGAAAGAAGAAGAGAAAGCACCCAGCCUGA